GUUGUUGGACCAUGUCUGCCUCCCAGACAGGCACUCCACGUACUUUGGAGUUGUCCCAAGUGCAGAAUGGAGCCGUGGUAGAGUUCAAACGGCCGCAGGUACAACGUAAAAGCAAACCAAAAAUUCUGACUGAGGAACGCUACAUUGAAGAGAUGUCCAAAAUUAUUCAACGCGAUUUCUUUCCGGAUUUGGAGAAACUUCGGGCACAAAAUGAUUAUUUGGAUGCGGAAGCCCGUCGGGACUUUCUGCAAAUGUCCGAAAUACGCGCACGCUACAGUUUAGGAAAACUAGCAGGCUGCAGCAGUAGAAGGCAAAACAAUCGCAAUAAUGCCAUGUCACCCGCCACAUUUGAAACGCCCAUAAGCACAGCUGGGGCCAAUGCCACGCCUCGCACUGGUGCGGCGCCAAGCGACACACCCACGCCGCACUCAACCAGCAGCAGGAAAAGCAGCACAAGCACGGCGGAGGGUGGCCCAGAUGGUUGUUUUGGAAAGCAACUAUCGUUGGAUGCGUUUCUGCAGAAUUACACUAGCGAGGACAACCAAAGCUUUCAGGAAAUCAUCGAGACUGCCGACGAGAAGCUGCGCCAGAAAUACGCUGUGCUCUACAACCAUGAGCAGCUAUCAGCGCAACAAUUACAGCGUGCUCUGCUCCUGCCAAGCAUUGAGCAGCAAUUUGAUUCACCCGAUCCGCAGCGACGCAUCGAAACCUGGACAUACACGAACAAAAAUUCAAUCAUGUAUAUUCCGGACGGCGUUGAGAUGACAGAUGAGGAACGUGUGCAGGCAGCGGAUCGUAGGCAAAGCAUACAGCACUGUGCCACGAGAUUACCGGAAACUCCCAAUAAUCCUACUUCAACAAAAGCAGUAAUCCCUGGCGCUGAACUGACUCCAAAUGCAAGCAAUACACCUCGCAUACGCGGCUUUGAAUUGCUGCGUUCCCCAUCGCCUCGCCCCGGAGAGGCUUUCUCGCCCAUCAUGACGUGGGGUGAAAUCGAUGGCACACCCUUUCGGCUUGAUGGUGGCGAUACGCCGCUGCGUCCAACAUCUGGUCCCUCGUUUCGCAUUAGCGAGAACUCUCGUCGUGAAAAUAUUGCCAUAGCUUUAGCCGAGAAAGUAAGCGAAAAGAUGCGCACACAAAAGCAGCAGGCACUGAACACGGCAAGACGCAAUAUUGGCUCGCCAUUUGUACGCUCCGGCCGGGAUCGACUGGCGAGCAUGUCGCCAGCAGCUCAGCGCUUAGCCACAGGUAAAUUGGGACUGCGCAGCACACCGCUAAUGCUAACACCAUCGCCCAGACCCAGAAACAACGUGCUUAAACGAAAGUCAACGACGCCCAGCUUAGUGCGUGCAACACCCAAGAUGGUGAAGAGUGGUGGCAGCGUCAGCGACCAGCGGACACCUGCCAAUAGCAAAAGCAGCGAGUCGAGCGACAAAUGUCCCAUUGAUACCGGCUCCACAAUUACAGACGAUCUGCUUAAGAUACCCACCAAGCGACGCAGCGCUGCCGCCGAUUUCUUCUAGUUUUUUUUAUUUGUUCUUCUGUUUCUUCAUUUAAAAAACAACGCUGAGCAGGGACCACAAAUAUUGUAUAAUAUAAUAUGUAUUAUAAGACAUAUUCAUUUUUGUUUUGUAGCCCUACUUGGCUUUCUUUAGUUUGAACUCUUUUUGGUUAUUAGCCUAUCUCUCAGUUUAUCAAGAAAAAAAUUUUUAAUAUUAAAUUUUGUGUCCAAAAAAUAGAUCAAUAGUCUGAAUGCAUUUCAAAUCAUGUAUUAAGCUCUUUGUCGCAUUCUUUCAUGUUAUGUGAAGAACAUUUUUAGGUAUUUAUAAGGAUGUUUAUUUGGUUUGCCCUAAUCAGCACUCUUCAGCUAAGAUUUUAAAAAUAUUUUGGAGUUAAAAGAACGGUUGUAUUAUGAUAAAUGCAAUAUUCUUGGAAUCGAAGGCGAUAGAAUAAAUAGUGAGUCAUUCAUGGAUAGGGCGACGGAUAAUUCAGUUAGUCACAAAAAGUUGAAGAAUGCUCAAUGAAGUCCAUUAAAGAAUACAAAUAAAAAUGCAAUUUUUAGAAAA